AAUGGGCACGGGACGCGAUUGGUUUCCGAAACAUAGCUGCGCAAGAACACACCUUAUCUUCUUUCAACAUGUAAUCACGGUGGAACGUCUAACCACAUUUGGCAUUGUAAACUCAUUCCCAACCAUCAACUAUGGUUACCGAUAUACGUUUAUUAUCAUGACCAUCGAAACUUAAGUUGAAAAUCUUAUCUUGUGUCAGUGGCCGCUAAAUCUCUGGUGUUUUCUGGUUGGGGACACACGGAAAACGCGAGCGUGGGCUGUUGGAGUUUUGUAUCAGAAAUUACCAUAGUUUCACCUAAUGGCUAAAUAUUCAAGUGAUUCGGAUACGGAUAGAAGCAGUAGGCAUCAUAGAAAGCAUCACGCAAGAUCCAGGUCCACGAGUUCAAGUUCUAGCGACAGUUCAUCUUAUCGCAAAAAGUCCAAGCAUGUGAAGGGUAAGCGACGUCACCGCUCUCGCUCCCGGAGCAGAGACAAGGAAAGAUCGUCAAAAUCCUACAAGUUGUCGAGAGGAAGCUCUAGGGAUAGAGACCGGCGACGUUAUCAGCCCAGGAGAUCUAAAUCUUAUUCACCUGAUAGAAUCAAAAAAAAAAUACGAUCUGUAUCAAGGGAGGAAUCGACUAGUCGCUCCAGUAGUUCUCAGUCAAAUGUGAAGUCUGUUGGUGCGGAAAAAUUACAGCCGUUGGCUGUUAAAGGUAUAAUGAGAACUGAUACACCGGAUGAUUUCCCAAUCGAGCCAAGGAUCAAGGAAGCUAUACUGGAUGAAAUAAAUUCAGAUAAAUUUGUACCUAAGCAGUUCUCCUCGUCAGUUCAAAGUAGACAGACCAAAUCAAGCAAUAUUGUUAUCGAUAUUACAGCAGAUACCAUAAAACUCCCGACCAUUGUUAUGCUGACUGAUUCAUCGAACAAUAUUUUUCACACAUCGAUAAUGUGUGACAAUGAGGUCAGAUUCGACAAAUGGGUGAAGAAGUUAUAUACUUUACGUCAAAAGGCGAUUGCAGAUUCAGCUCACAGUAGUGUUACUUGACGUCUAAGUAAUUUAGUUAUUUGAGUAAAUUAUUAAUCAAUCAAUAAAUACAUCAAUUGAUCUCUAAACGAAAUGUACAACUGUGGAGCACUAGAAUGGUAAUAUUUAAUACACGAAAUAAAACGUGUGUAUUCACAGCUUCUAAAAUUUCUGAUAUUACUGACAAUGAAUAAAACGUGUUUUUCUCCAA